AAAAAAAUAUAGGUUAUAGAAAUGCCAAGCCAACCAUGGUCUUCUUAAGCGGGACCUUGGGAUUCAAAUGCCCUCAAGCUCUCGCAUUCUGCAGCAAAAUCCAUAUGGAUUUCAAGCCCAGGAGCCUCCAUAGUCCUUUUUCAAGGUCUCCUCCGAGGGAAGUUCGUAUAAGCGAAGAUGGUGAAGAUGGUUCCGUUAUUACAUUGCAGGAAUGGCAGGGUUGGGGUACCACCUCUCCUUUACCCAUCAUUGUUACCAGAAUCGCUGACGAUUUGAAGGAUUUAGAGAAAGAUAAUGAUGCCCAGAUGACCUUUGGUGGUAAAGGUGGAAAACUCCAGGGUGAGUUUAAAAAGAAAGAGGACAAGAAACACAGAGCGACAUAUAAGGAUCUAGGUGAUUCUGAACAAAAACUUCAAUUCUUUUCAGCUCGACAGAUUGCAUGUCGCUUGCUUGGAAGUAGAGGUUACCUUUGUCAAAAGUGCUGGCUACCUCAUGAAGAUUGUAUGUGUUCAAAAGUCACACCUUGUAAACUUUGGCAUGGAAUUAGGUUGUGGUUGUAUAUGCACCCAAAGGAUUUCUUACGACAAAACAAUACUGGUAAAUUGUUAUGGCAAUUGUUUGGUGUUGAGGCAGCAACUUUGUGCCUUUUUGGCAUCGCUGAACAUGAGGAGAUCAUGUGGAAUGCAUUCAAGUGUGCAGGAAAAGACAAGGUUUGGUGCCUCUAUCCAAACAAGAAUGCAGUGGUAAAAUCAGUUCAAGAAGCAUUUGAUCAAGGAUUGACAACUGACCUGGGAUUCACAGAAACUACGACAAAUGGAGAUGAUACUUUGAAUUUUGUUCUGAUUGAUGGUACAUGGAGUAAUUCUGCUGCAAUGGUGAGGAGGUUGAAGGAUCAAGCUAAGUUAGCCUGGGGAGAGGAAGACAUUUGCUGUAUAUCCUUGGCCACGGGUGCCUCUGCGAUGCAUAAACUUCGGCCCCAACCAUCAUGGGAUCGUACCUGUACAGCAGCUGCAGCUAUUGGCCUUCUCUAUGAGCUACAACUUCUUCCAAAGUUUUGCUCAAUUGGCUUGGAUAAGCAAGCUGAAGCUAUAGAGGAUGCUUUAGCUGUUCUGUUAGACGCUCUCACAGCUCGACGCCUCCGGAUGGGCAGGUCCAUAACUCGUAAAAUGAGGCACCAUAGUGAUAUAUGUUAAUAGCUGUCCAAGAACAAGUUCAUGCAGGCCAAGUGAAAUGAGGAUAAGACUUUGAAAUUCAAAGGUUGACAUAUACAGCUGGCUAGUUGGGGGCAUUAAGGAUGGUAUCAACACCAAAUAUUGGCAAAAACAACAGGCAAGGACCAAUACUCUACCGAUUUUGUAAGCCAUAUAGGCUCCUAAGCCCUUCAAUUUUGAUUAUUAAGUUAAGUUAAAUAUAGGAAAUAUACUUAUUUGUUACAUGUGUUUUAGCGUAAUACAAGUUUGAAUCUGAUGUUAUUGAUAAUACGAUCUGUUAUUUUAUAUUUGAUAAAAUGAUAAAAAAAAAUAGUACAUCGAUCGCGAA